GGAGAAUGCUCAAUAUAAGCAAACAAUGCAGAGUUUAAAAACCCUGAGUGACAUAAAGGAGAAGUAAUAAAAUUUUCGAAAGUGACUUGCUUUAUCCAGCACAUAUACGCACACACACACACAGCAACACUACAGAAAAAAAAUAUUUUUUUAAAUCCCUUUUUCUUUUUCAUAUUUUAUUCCUGUCAUAAUGGCCGAUACUACUGAAGUCAAGAAGCCCGUUACCGAACCUGUCCUCGACAUUUCUGACAGCAACGUUCAGUCCAAGUACAAGGAAGCGGGUCGUAUUGCCGAUGAGGUCCUUGACAAGGUUAUCAAGCUUUGUGUUGCUGGUGCCAAGAUCAUCGAUAUUUGUACUGCUGGUGACAAAGCUAUCUUGGAAGCUACCAGUCUUGUUUACAAUAAGAAGGGAAAGAAGAAGAUCUCCAAGGGUAUUGGUUUCCCUACCACCGUCUCUGUCAACAACUGUGUUGCUCACUUCAGUCCUCUUCCUUCUGACCCUGAAUCUGAAGCUACCUUGAAGGAAGGUGAUGUUGCCAAGAUCCAAUUGGGUGUUCAAUUCGAUGGUUACUGCUCUACUGUUGCCACUACCGUUGUUGUUGGCGCUAAUGGUGCUGUUACUGGUGCCAAGGCUGACGUGAUCCAAGCUGCUCGUACCGCUCUCGAAGCUGCCGUCCGUAUGAUCCGUCCUGGUAACAAGAACAUGGACGUCACCAAGGCUGUUGAUAAGAUUGCUGAAUCUUAUGAAGUCAAGCCUGUCGAAGGUAUGUUGAGUCACAACCAACUCAAGAACAAGACCGACGGCGACAAGCAAAUUAUCUUGAACCCUACUGAAGCCCAAAUGAGUGGAUUCAAGCGUUGUGAAUUUGGCGAAAACGAAGUUUACUGUGUCGAUAUCCUCAUCUCCAGUGGUGAAGGCAAGGUUCGUCCAUUGAAGACACGUACAACCAUCUACAAGAAGACCGAUAUCCGUUAUCAACUCAAGAUGGCUGCUUCUCGUGCCGUUCUCUCUGAAAUCCAAACCAAGGCCGGCUCUUUCCCUUUCUCUCUUCGUGACCUCGAAGACGAACGCAAGGCUCGUAUGGGUAUUGUCGAAUGUGCCAAGCACCAAACUGUUUUACCUUAUGACGUUGUUUAUGAACGUGAAGGUGCUUUUGUUGCUCAAUACUUGACUACCCUCUUUGUUACCAAGAAGGGUAAUGUCAUGGUUACCAACCCUCGCUUUGACGCUGUUCAGGUUCAAACUGAUAAGACUGUCAAGGAUGAAGAAAUCAACAAGAUUCUUGCCUCUGAAUGGGAAGUUCCUAAGAAGCAGAAAUAAAUAAUGAAAAUGAUAACUUGAAUUUUUUGUAAAUAAAGCAGUUAUCAACAAUGAAGAGUAAAAAAAAAAAUCUUCAUGGUGAUAUGGUUGACUUAUUGUUGUUGUGAGCAUCAUUGCCAGAAUCCCAAGUCUACUUUGCAACUGAACUAUCCGCAAUUCAUCAUUAAAUAAUACUAUAAUGAAUGAUAUUCUCGCAG